AUGGAGCUUAUGGAACUCGUCGAUAAUGAGCCUAUGGCUCGUCCUUUCCAAUGCGACUGGCAAUCUUGCGACAAGAGCUUCAAUCGCAAAUCAGACCUGCAAAGACAUUAUCGUAUUCACACCAACGAGCGCCCGUACGCUUGCACGACACCUGGAUGUGGAAAGAGCUUUAUCCAGCGAAGCGCAUUGACCGUGCACAUCCGCACUCACACCGGAGAGAAGCCACACCAGUGUCAACACCUGGGCUGUGGUAAGCGGUUCUCCGACUCGUCAAGUCUGGCCCGUCAUCGCCGGAUACACACAGGAAAGCGCCCGUACCGCUGUGCCCACGAGGGCUGUUUCAAGAGCUUUUGCCGCAAGACCACCAUGGUCAAGCAUCAGCGCAGGUCGCACCAGGGCGGUAUGCCCUCGUCAGAGCUCGACGACAGCAUGUCAGAGUCGGAGAGCGGUGACUCGCCAGCCACCCCCCAGCCUGGCCAUAUCGCAUGGCCUGCUCCAGCAUACGCCAGCCACCCGCAUGUCCUUCACGGCCACCACAACAUGCACCGGGCGUCUUCGUACACUGAUUUCGAGUCUCACACAUCGCACUGUGGCCCUGAGCAGCCUUACGGAGGCCGGCCUAUUCCUACUUCUGGAUCGGGCUACCACCAGCUGUCCGCCCACGACCACAUGCACCACGGGGUUCCGAGAGCCUCGAGCGUGCCACACCAUACAAUGACUCAGCACCCUUUCUAUGUGACGGACCAGAGCAACCCCGGCGUGGCCACCAUGAACACUGCGGCGUUUCCUGUCUCUCGUGCCGCGGAGCCUCCAGCCCUGGAGAUCCCCUACUCUGAGAACAGAGUUCCUAGCUCGAUUCAUAGCAGCCCGAGCCCAUACUCGCCUGCCUCUGGUAGAAGCGUCGCCACUCAAGAGAGUUUGUACACGCACCAGCCGCAACCGCCGCCGACCUACGCCAUGCAGCCGACCUCGGCUGUCGUCAGCCAGCCUUCUCAAGUUGUGCAAUACCAGGCGAUGCCCACCACGCACGCUGUUCCUCGCCAUGUCCAGUCCCAGAUCCCCCAGGUCCAGGACCAGUACCACUCCCCCAUCGCCCAGCAGGACGAGCAGUGGUAUCACGGAGUGCCGUACCAGUCUCCUGUGGCUUCCAUGCCUAUCGGCCAAGUUCCCACCUACGUCUCUGGCCUCUACGACCCCUGGGCCAUGAAGGACGAGUACGCGGAUCCGUCCAUCCAGAUGCCCAGCGCUAGGAUCGAUGCCAUGUAA